UCUCUCUCCCCUUUUCCUCCCUGUCCAUCCCUUCCUCUUCUUCCCAUUGUCCCGUCGCGAUCUACCUCUUAGUCGUAGGUUAAUUGUCAGUCUUCUGUACAUCUCGCCCUCGUCUUCUACUCACUCUUCUCUUUCGGUUACUGGGUUUGACUCGUCCCGGGGUCCCAGCUACCCCGCUGUCAACAUGACUAUCUACAUCGCUUCACUUUUCCUACCCUACACGGUUAAUUUCCAUCAGAAUGAACCCGAGAUUCGUCCGGCGGAGGGGACGAGCCCUCAACCAACCAAUCCCGCUGAGAAUCCUACUCCUAACCCGAACGCGACUCUGAGCUUGUUCGAGAGGAACAAUGGAGCGCCCCAAGUCGGCCUUACACCUGGUGCCACUACUGAACAUGAAUGCAUUUUCUCCACAGAUAUUUCCAAGGCGGAACAAGAGCACACCGGAUAUCCUUUCCCCAAGACCGACGGCGAUGUGGCCUUGUUGACGGAGAGCGAAGCUCACUCCCCAGCCUGGGGUUCCACCUUGGCCCUGAACCAACCUCGCCCGCGAGCGGCAUUUCCGGCCUCGCCCUCGAUCCUCAAGCAUCAAGAAAUCAGACCUUCAGGGACAGAAGCGCCCAAAGAAAAGCCGCGAUCGGUCCCAAAGACGCCAACCUCGCAUAUCCGGGACAGCUGGGCGGACCACAGCCGCAAAGGCUCAUUCUCAUACGCCGACUGGACGAUCGAAACGGCCGAGCAGGGCAACGGAGGCUUGCGCAACGCCGUGCGAUCGGCCACGGACGCCGGACAGCUGGAAGACAAGGUCUGGGUGGGUACGUUGGGGAUGCCCACUGACGCGCUGCCGGAGCACACCAAGGAGGCCAUCGCCGAGAAGCUCGAAGAUGAGUACGGCUCCGUGACCGUUUACGUCAGUGAUGGUGACUUUGAUGGCCACUAUACACACUUCUGCAAGACGAUCCUCUGGCCCGUGUUCCAUUAUCAGAUUCCGGACAACCCCAAGAGCAAGGCCUACGAGGACCAUUCCUGGAUCUACUACGUCAAAACAAACCAAGCCUUUGCCGAACGCAUCGCAAAGAACUGGAAGCGUGGUGAUUCCAUCUGGGUGCAGGAUUACCACCUGCUGCUGGUCCCGGCCAUGCUGCGGAAACUGCUUCCCGAUGCCCAGAUUGGCUUUUUCCUCCACAUUGCCUUCCCAUCGUCGGAGGUGUUCCGGUGCCUGGCGCCUCGCAAGGAGCUUCUCGAGGGAAUGCUGGGUGCUAAUUUAGUCGGAUUCCAGACGGAUGAGUAUUGUCGGCACUUCCUCCAGACGUGCAGCCGCAUCCUCAAUGUGGAGGCCACCAAUGAUGGACUGCAGUUGGAGGAUCGUUUUGUCAACGUGAGCAAGUUCUCGAUUGGCAUUGACCCGACUUCAUGGGAUCAACGCCGGCAGGCCGCAGACGUGGAACGAUGGAUUAAGACCAUUUCGGAGCGUUACGAGGGCAAGCGACUCAUCGUGUCGCGAGACAAGAUCGAUCAGGUACGCGGAAUUCGACAGAAACUGCUGAGCUACGAACUCUUCCUCAACACGUAUCCCGAAUGGCGAGACCAGGUGGUGUUGAUCCAGGUGGCAACCAGCACCACCGAGCAGCCCGAGCUGGAAGCAACCAUUUCCGAUAUUGCGAUGCGGAUCAACUCCACUCACUCCACGCUUGCGCAUCAGCCAUUGGUCUUCUUGAAACAGGAUCUGGCUUUCCCCCAGUAUCUUGCCUUGAUUUCCGUGGCAGACGCCUUGAUUAUUACCAGCUUGCGUGAAGGAAUGAACUUGACCAGCCAUGAGUUCGUCUACUGUCAGGACGGUAAAUGGGGCAACAAAAAGUACGGAUCCCUGAUACUGAGCGAGUUCACUGGCAGCGCGUCUGUGUUUGGCGACCAUGCCCUUCUGGUCAACCCCUGGGACUACCGUCAAUGUGCGGAAGCCAUCCAUACCGCCUUAUCGAGGGAUGAGCAAGAGCGCCAGGAAGUGUGGACGAAGAUGCACCAGGCAGUGCUGCAGAACUCCACCCACAACUGGGUCAAGUCAUUCAGUGAGACGUUGAGCCGGGUCUGGAACGAGCAGUCAUCCCGGGAAAUCAUGGCCGUGCCUCGGCUCCAGACAAACAAGUUGGAGGAAAUGUACCAUCGGUCGUCGCGCCGGCUGAUCAUCGUGGACUAUGAAGGCACACUCGCCUCCUGGGGCUCACCAAAGAGUAUCAUCGUGACGACGCCGCAGCGUGCAAUCACGACGCUGGCCGAACUAACCGAGGAUCCGCGGAACGUGGUGUAUGUGAUGAGCGCCCGCAUGCCUGAGGAGAUGGAGCGGCUGUUCCGGCUGGUCACCAACCUGGGCUUGAUCGCCGAGAACGGGUGCUUCGUGCGCGAGCCCAACUCGGAGACCUGGCUGAAGCUGACGGACAAGGUUCAGACGGACGCGUGGAAGGCAGCAGUGUCACAUAUCUUAGAGUACUACCAGGAACGCGCGGAAGGCAGCUGGGUGGAACAGCGGCACUGCUCGCUCAUGUUCCACUACGAGUCGGCGGAGGACCAGGUGGCAGCAUCGCGGCUGGCGUCGGAGUGUGCGGGCCACAUUAAUGAUGCCUGUUUGAGUCAAGGGGUGCAUGCAGUGCCCGUGGAGCGUGCGCUGGUGGUGGAGCCGGCGGGCAUCAACAAGGCGUCGGCAGCGGAAGUGGCAUGGCGGUCAUGUCUCAAGCAGAGCCAACGGGACGAGAAUGUGCCGCGGCCGGAUUUCCUGCUAGCAAUCGGAGAUGGUCGCGAUGACGAAUCGGUAUUCCGGUGGGCGAACAAGCUGGACAAUGCGCGGGCAGUCAACUACGCCAUGACGGUGACGCUCGGAUCUCGUAGCACAGAGGCAAAGGCAACUUUGACACAAGGAGUGACUGGAGUCUUGUCGUGUCUGGAGAAGCUGGCGGCAACCCGAAGUGGGCCAUAAAAAGACGAACGAUGCGGAAUGAGCAUAUCUACGAGUACAUGACUUGAAGCGUACAUGAUGGACUUGCGUUGCAUGAAAUGGGUACAUAUUUCGGGCAUAUCAGUACACUGUUAUUUGAACAUCUCCAAUUACAAAAGCAGAAACAAGCAGACAGGCGUGCGGGCUGAAUUUUAAUGUAUUUGGGGGGUGAAAAGAAAUAUAGAAUGAGAGGGAAAGAGAGCAGCUGCGGGAGUUCAAGGGGUCACAUAGACGAGGCCAUAAUACACGCAGAAUCUCCAAACCACAUAGUCUAAU